AUGGCGUCGACUUCUGAAAGUCGCGACAACGUUGUCGUCGAUUUAUACAAACCUCUUCCCCCCAUUCGAAACCAGAAGUUGAAACUCACGUCGAAGGAUCCGUACACUCCAAUGUAUGUUCAAGCGAAUCUGACCGCGAACACGGAUCCGGCUACAAUAUACGAACAACGGGUGAAAAACAGGCAACUCCUCCUCGAGAACCCAGUUCGCGACAGUCGCGUGAAGAAGGAGCGCCUAGAGAAGAAGACCAGGAAGAAAGCUGAAAAGGAGAGGAUAGCAGGCGUGCUGGGCAAGAAAGGUGCUCGGUCGAAAGGAGUUUGGCGGCUUGAUGAGUCUCAAGCAAAAUGGAACCUGUUCCUGCCCUUGCAUCAUCUGUGGCAAGGAUAUAUGUCCGAACUGCUUGGCCUUGCGAGCCCUGGCACACUCUCUGCCAAUGCGGCACCCAGUGCAGCUAGCAUGCAUCCCAAGCUGCUCAAGGCUGAUUUUCACGGUUCCAUAAUGACAGUGAAGCAGAGUAAAAACCCAUGCCUGAUCGGUCUCUCAGGCAUUGUAAUACUUGAGUCAGAGAACGCGUUUAAGGUGAUCACGAAGGACAAUCGCGUCAAAUUAAUACCCAAACAGAACGCGAUCUUUACGUUCGCUGUGCCUCUGUACUCCGUGUUGUCGCCGACGCACUCGGCAGGAGUUCCUUCGCCUCUCCCAGUGGAGCCAGAGAAUGUCAAGACUGAGACCGUUUUAGACGGACCGCACAUCGAGCUGGAUUUGUAUGGUAAUCAAUUUCGAUUCAGAGCCGCCGACAGAGCUGGUCGCAAAUUCAAACCCAAGGAGACGAUUGAGCUAUAA